UGAAGAGACUGGUCAUGACACUUGUUCUGCUAAUCUUCUAAGUGGUGGUGAGAUCUUUGAUGGGAGUACAGUCAAUGAAGUUGACUCCAAGCCCAAGUUGGAGUGUUCUACAGUCGAUGAUGGUGAUGCAGUAAAUAUGGCAGUUGCUUGUCGAGGUCUUUUGCAUGCUGCUGAAUUCGCUGGGAUUGAUUCUGCUGAAAAAAAUGAGUAUUUGCUCGAAGUGUGGGAAAAAAAAUCAUGGCCACUGAUAAGGAUGUGGAUAUUUGCAAGAAUGUUCAGCAACAUAUAGAUUAAUUGGUUCAGAAGAACCUGGAACUUUUCGAGUUGCAAUUCUGGAUGAUGAAAAUGGCACAUUGGACCAUAAUGUGCUAACCCAAAUGGGAAUCCCUGUCCUGUCUGAUAGUAUAAGUGAACUCAGGCCUAGCCAACAUAAACAAAGCAGUGAACAAGUAGUAACUGAUUUUUCUUCAGGUAGUGGAUUAUUUCCAUCGGCGAGCGAUAAAAAAGAGCAAAACCUUUCUGAACUUGAAGUAUGCAAACCAGAUGAGUUGAGUGUUUCUGAAUCUAGUAGUAAAUAUGAAUCUCAAAAAAUCAUUUCUGAACAGGAAAUACUUGUAUCAAGCGAAGUAAAUGCUCCAGAAUCUAGUGGUGAGUGUGAACCUCUAAAAUUACAGCCAACUGCCAGUCCAAGUGACAUGUUCGACAAUUCUGAGGGCACAGAAUUGGAGGCACUAAUUGCUAUCUCAGACUCAUCUUUCAUUGAAGAUAAUUGCGUGCUGAGUGAUACUGGCUGUCAAGAUGAUGUUAAUGGUGUUGCAACACAUAGCUCAUAUAUUGUGAUCUCAGACUUGCAAAUUGAUACACUCACAUUCCAGAAUGCUCAAAUUGAUCAUGCACAUGUUCAAACACAACACUCUGUGAAGGAUUUUCAAGAAUCUUGCCUUUCCAUAUCACAUAAGGAUGUCUUGCUUUCCGAAUUAGAAUCAAAGACUGCCGAGGUUCCUUCUAGCGAAGAACCAAUCAUGAUGAUAGAAGCUCCAAGGAAACACAUGCAAAGAAGUUUUACUCUGGAAGAAGCAACAGAUACUAUACUCUUCUGCAGUUAUAUUGCCCAUGAUAUGGCCUACAAGGCUGCAACAAUUGGGAUGGAAAAGGAAUUGGCUACAUAUGAGUCUUCUCAUCGAAGUGUUAUAUAUCUUGGAAGUUCUGUUUCCAAUCAGAAGAAUUUGCAAAAAACGUCCAACAAAUGUAUUCAGAUUUCACAAAAGGUUAAACUAAAGAAGCUGGAAAUAGCUGGCAGGAUGCCAUCUGUGGGUCUCGGGAUCAAUGUCAAGAACUCAGAGUUUGCAUGUCACAAAACUGAAGUUCCACUCACGAUUGACGGCACGAAGCCCCCGAAGUUUCAAAUGCCUUAG